UAUAUACGAAUAGUACACUAUAAACUGGUUUAUAACAGGACACGAGGAGAAAUGGAGUCAAAACGGGUGUGUAAUUUUCACGGCAGAUGUUGACAUUUCAUAGGUAAUGCUUCGCGUGAUUAUAUUAGAAUGUAUCUUUUGGUUUUCUCUCUUAAUUGGACAUAACUUGUGUCUAGAAUGAUUUUUAACAGCCACGAAACCUGAUAAUUGAUGUUACACUUUGACCACGUCGAACAAUCAACAGUUUCCCAUUUUAAAGUUCGUUAUAUAUAAUGUGAUAAUCACACGUAACGGAAAGGACAUCCAGAUGGUUUGUACAUGUAUAAGACACUUCAUAUGUGGAAUGAGGAGGCUAUCGGCGUCCAGGAAGAUGGUGUACGGGAUAGUACAAUGGCGUUUACAUUGUGCCAGUUACGUUAGUGGAUGUACGUGAUCACGUGACAUGGGGUGCAAUCAAAGCGACACAUCGUACACGGGGGGUCGGUCCCUCAGGCUCAUCAUGGCGGGACUGGACGGCGCAGGUAAGACAACUAUUCUGUACCAGCUCCUACAUCGGAACUACAUCACCACCACCCAAACCCUAGGGUUCAACGUGGAGACCAUUCAACACCGGGGCGACGAACUCACAGUCUGGGACAUGGGCGGCCACAAAUCCAUCCGGGGACUUUGGAAACACUAUAUCUUCCAGGCUCAAGGUAUGAUAUUUGUGGUGGACAGUUCUAGCAGAGAGCGGCUUUCAGAGGCUAGAGACGUGUUACAAGCGUUGCUACGACACAGAGAACUUGACCACGUGCCUAUUGUUAUUCUUGCCAACAAACGGGACAAACCUGACGUUAUGACGGAAAGAGCUUUACUGGAUGGCCUCGGACUCUAUGACGUCACCGGAAGGUUAUGUACGAUUCAAUGCACAUGCGCUGUGACGGGGGAUGGACUUACAAAGGCACUUGACAAUAUUGUAAAGUUUAGUAAACGAAGUCAGGAACGUUCCAGGACCACAUCCGCAUAAGUUCAUCAAUCUGGAUAUUCGCAUUAUGUGAAUUUGAACUGUUUAAUUUUACUUUUGCAAUAUCAAUCGCGAUCAUGUUCCUUUAAAUAUGGUGAAAAGGGUUCCAAGUCAAAGAACACCAGUAUUACGUAUCCCCUUAAUACUUCUGUGAACAGUGUCUGUAGUUGAUGACAUUUAGUUGUUUGUUGUGUUGUAUGAUCAUUUUAAAAUUGUAAUUUUAAUGAUAUUGUAUUACCUUUGAGAUUAUAUUAGUUUUAGUAUGUUGUUUAUCCAUGAAAUACAUCUGCUUCCAUUUAAACUGAAACUUUUGAUUUAGGUCAAAGUUAUAGUUGAAUAUGUCCUCUUAGGUUAGAAUCCUGUCACCUGCAAUUACACCAUUCAAUGAUAUAGAUUGCAGAUAUGAAGCAUCUGUCCUGUUCAAAUGUGAUAUUGCCACUACAAAGACAAUAGACUUAUACUCUACGAGGCAGCUUUGUGAUGUGUUGGUUUGUAUAUUAUAUCGAUAAAGUGUAGAGAAACUGUAUCCCUUUGUGCUGUUAACUUGCUACAGGUUUUAGUACUUACAGGCAAUUCAUGACUUAUUUUUUAUCAAAGGAAUGAUAUUACAGUAUAUCAGUGACAA